GUGUAUCACCGAUCAUCUUGUUCCUCAUCCUGCAGAGGGUGCAUCCCCCCCAAACCACAUACCGGUAGCACUACUGUGUCCACCAUCGGUGCUUCCACAACACAGAUCUUUAAGCUAUUCCAAUGCCAACUUCUCAACGCUCUGGCGAGCCUCAUAGGCCCAAAAAUAUUCUUACCCGGGAGCAGCAGAACAGCCCUUACUUGUCCAUGUUCACCCAUUUUCGUGAUGAGCUCGAUGAGCAUCACGACCGUCGUGAGAGAGUAAUCAAGGCAUCUCGCGAUAUUACCGCAUUGAGCAAGAAGAUGUAUACACACACGCACACCCGUAGUGCAAUUGCUCUCACUAUUUUGGGGAUACGUCAGCUAACAGUUUUAGGAUCUUCACGGUUCAACGGUAUUCAACCUUAUGCAUCUCUAACGUAUCCAGCAUAAAGUAAUCUAUUUAACAGGGCUCGCGAACCUUUCUCACCUCUUCCAACUUCCCUUAGCAAGGAGUACGAAACCCGUUUCAACCAAAUUCAAAAUAUAAUAUCCACUGCUUCGCCUGACCUCCAGGAGAUUUCUACUUACCGCUACGCUCGCCAAAUCUCUGGGGGUAUUCAGGAGUAUAUCGAGGCAGUAGCCUUCCAUCAUUACCUUACCACGGGUAAAUUAAUCCCUCUGUCGGCCGUCCAACAAUCGGUAAAAUCUCUCAUUGAGAUAACACCCGGGGAUUAUAUCCUGGGUAUAUUCGACCUGGUCGGUGAGAUGAUGAGGUUCUCCAUCACCAUGAUUGCAACGAGAGGUGGUGGGGGCAAGGACGAGAAGGUGGUUAAAGCUCUAAGAGAUCUGAGAGAAUUAAGGUUAGAGUUCGAGAGCUUAGAUACCACGCUUGGCGGGGGGAGCGGGCUCCUGGGAAAGGAAGUUAAAAAGAAGCUUAGUGUCAUGAAGACUUGUGUGGAGAAAGUUGAGAUGGCAGUUUGUGGGGUUAUUGUCCGGGGUAGUGAGAGGCCAGAGGGUUGGAUUCCUGACUUGACGGAGACUGUAGGGGGAGGAAUUGGUAGGACCGAUAGGAUCUAUGAAGACGAGUAGAGUUGUUAGUGCUGUGGAUGGGUCUUACUAAUAGGUGUUGGUACUACCCCGAUGUGUUUUCCCGGUUGGGUGCCACUUAACUUCAGCUUCCUACUUUUAGAACCCUUGGAUUGAUGUGUCAACAAACAUGCAUAUUCAGCCAG